AUGGGUUGCCAAUAGGACGCAGGACAGCUGACUCACGAUGGCUUUGGAUGCAGUGUGGCUGAGGGUGAAGAACGUCUGCAAGCAGAAUGGGCUCCUCAUCAUGUCGGUGCUGGCUGUGGUCAUUGGGUGUCUUUUGGGAUUCUUCCUGAGGACGCGGCGCCUCACGGAGCAGGAGGUGAAGUACUUCCAGUUUCCCGGAGAGCUGCUGAUGAGGAUGCUGAAGAUGCUGAUUCUUCCCCUCGUUGUGUCCAGUUUGAUGUCAGGACUGGCAGCCCUCGACGCCAAGUGUUCCAGUCGGCUCGGUCUGAUCACAGUGUCCUACUACCUGUGGACCACCUUUGUAGCCGUGGUAGUGGGAAUCAUCAUGGUCUCCAUCAUCCACCCAGGCGGUGCAGCCCAGAAAGAGGACUCUGAGGACAGCGGCAAGCCUAUCAUGAGUUCUGCUGAUGCCCUGCUGGACCUCAUCCGCAACAUGUUCCCAUCUAACCUGGUCCAGGCCACAUUUCAGCAGUAUCGAACGAGCAGCGAGUACACUGUGAAACCCAAGCCAACGGUGAGUCAAGCCCAAUCAGAGUCCACCACGCGGCGGGCGCUCAUUUACGGUAUCCAGGACGAUAAUGGAACCGACAUCCAGAAUUUCGCCCUUGACCUGACUCCGCCCCCUGAUGUGCUCGUACGCAUUCGGGAAGGAACAAGUGACGGAAUGAAUGUCCUUGGAAUCGUUAUAUUUUCAGCCACCAUGGGUAUUAUGUUGGGAAGGAUGGGGCCAAAUGGCAGCGCCUUGGUGAACUUCUGCCAGAGCCUGAACGAGGCCGUCCUUAGAAUUGUUGCCAUUGUUAUAUGGUACUUCCCAUUCGGCAUCGUGUUCCUGGUAGCCGGUAAGAUCCUGGAGAUGAGUGACCCCUCAGCCAUGGGGAAAAAGCUGGGCUUCUAUGCCAUAACCGUGGUCUUUGGUCUGGUGUUGCACGGCUUGUUCAUCCUGCCUUCCAUGUACUUCUUCAUCACCAAAAAGAGCCCCAUCGUUUAUAUACGGGGAAUCCUGCAAGCCCUGCUCAUCGCCCUGGCAACUUCUUCCAGCUCUGCCACAUUGCCUAUAACCUUCAAGUGCCUCUUAGAGAACAACCACAUUGACCGCCGCAUCAUCCGUUUUGUGCUCCCCGUGGGCGCCACCAUCAAUAUGGACGGCACCGCUCUCUACGAGGCCGUGGCAGCAAUAUUCAUCGCACAAGUUAACAAUUACGAGCUGGACUUUGGCCAGAUCAUCACCAUCAGUAUCACAGCCACUGCAGCCAGUAUCGGUGCGGCAGGGAUACCGCAAGCCGGACUGGUCACCAUGGUGAUAGUGCUAACAUCCGUCGGGCUGCCAACUGAUGACAUCACUCUCAUCAUUGCAGUAGAUUGGGCAUUAGACAGAUUCCGCACCAUGGUAAAUGUAAUGGGUGAUGCUUUGGCCACAGGCAUCAUGGCACAUAUCUGCAGGAAAGACUUCAUGCAAGAGGGAGAUGGGGUGAGGGUGCCUCUGAUCUGCGAGCCCAAACCCGUUCUGAUGAACUGCCACAACAACGGCAACUACCGGCCCCCUUCUUCGGGGGUCAAACACGAGCUUGUCCCCUCCGACGUAGCCCGGCUGAUGCAGCUGGAGGAGGGCGUCCGGCCGCCUUCCGACAGGAAGAAGCCUCCCAUUCCCCCGAGAAACCUAAAGAAGAGCAAGGAGCACUGCACCAUUGACAUGAAUGGCCUUGAGACCAACGUAUAG